AUGUCGGUUACUAGUGUCCAAACUAUGAACAACCAAAGCUUGAUGAACAUUAAUGAGAAAAUGCUCGAUAACAUGGAUCUAGUCAGUGAUCUUGAACAGGCAGUAACUCUAGAAGAGCUCAAAGAAGUUUUUAAAUAUUGUUUCCGUUGUGGAGUCAACUGGGAGCAACGCCACGUGUCAUUAGAUUGCUUAGAAUGCGGUGGAUAUUCCCUUGAGAGGCCUUGUCCUAUUUGUGCAGGUCACUGUCGAAAUAUUUGGAAACGUGAUCUUGAAGAAUCUCAUAGAAGUGGCGAGGCAAGCUGGAUGGGAGAAUGCUCCUCAAAAUGUAAAGAAAUAGGACGUGAUGCCAAUCAGAUGUGUAAUAGACUCGAAAAGGUCAAAGCCACCUUCUGA